AUGGGUUCUCUCGGUACAUAUCAGCGCAAGCACAAGAUCGCGGUGGUCGGCUCCGGUAACUGGGGCACCGCCAUCGCCAAAAUCAUCGCCGAAAAUGCCGCCAGCAACUCCGACAUCUUUGAGGAGAAGGUGGAAAUGUGGGUGUUCGAGGAGAACGUCGAGAUCACCAAGGACUCCCCGCACUACAGCUCUGGGCUUCAGGGCACCCAGAAAUUGACACAGGUGAUUAACCAUACCAAUGAGAACGUCAAGUACCUGCCAGGAAUUCGGCUGCCCUCCAACCUACACGCCAACCCGUCCCUGGAGGACGCGGUCAAGGACUGCACCCUUCUCGUCUUCAACCUUCCCCACCAGUUCAUUCUCAAGACCUGCGAGUCGAUCAAGGGCAAGAUCCUGCCCUACGCCCGCGGUAUCUCCUGCAUCAAGGGUGUCGAUGUCAAUGAGGAAGGUAUUAGUCUCUUCUCCGAGACCAUCGGCAGGACCCUGGGUAUCUACUGCGGUGCCUUGUCCGGUGCCAACAUCGCCAACGAGGUCGCCAAGGAGAAGUGGUCCGAGACCACCGUCGCGUACGAUCCCCCGCACAUGGACUCCAAGGCGCCCACCCCUCAGCGCUCGCCCUCGGCCUCCCAGGUGGAGCUGGUGCAGUUCCAGCACAAGGACACCACCGGCCAGUACUCCAAGGUGCAGCUGCAGGCACUUCCCUCGGACUAUCCGCCCGUCGACCAUGUCACUCUCAAGUCUCUGUUCCAUCGCCCCUACUUCCACGUCCGCGUGGUGCACGACGUCGCCGGUACCUCCGUCAGCGGUGCUUUGAAGAACAUCGUUGCCCUUGCCGCUGGCUGGGUUGUUGGUAUGGGCUGGGGUGACAACGCCAAGGCUGCCGUGAUGCGCGUCGGCUUGUUGGAGAUGGUUCGCUUCGGAGACACCUUCUUCGGAGCCACCAUCAACCAGGCCACCUUCACCGAGGAGAGUGCCGGUGUGGCCGACCUGAUCACCAGCUGCAGCGGUGGUCGCAACUUCCGCAGCGCCAAGCACAGCGUCGAGCGCAACCUGCCCAUCGAGGAGAUUGAGAAGCUCGAGCUGAACGGCCAGUCACUCCAGGGCACCCUGACCGCCCACGAGGUCAACAAGUUCCUGAAGAAGCAGGGCAUGGAGGACCAGUUCCCUCUUUUCACCGCUGUCUACCGGAUCCUCCAAGGCAGCAUGCAAGUUGCGGAGAUUCCGGCCUACAUUGAGCGCCCUCCGGUUUCUCGUGCUCCGACUUCUACUUCUGAUUCUGGGAAUGGCGAUGGCGAUCAGUAUUCUGCGCGACUUUGA